AUGGACACAUUCGCAGCAGAACCCGUCAAUCAGCCAGCCAAGGACCUCGAGAUGUCCGAAGCCGCUCCGGAAACUAUUACCGCCGCAUCUUCGGCCGCCAAUGGCGAUGUCGCAGAGCGGGCGGCACCAGCAGCACCAUCCACCACCAGGGUAGAAGGAGCAGCGCAAGCCGCUGAAGAAAAGGGAGGCGAGGAAGCCGACGUAGAAUCCGCCGGUCCAGCCGCAGAGGGCACCGCCUCCGAAGAACCCAAAAUCUCAAAGAACCAGCUCCGCAAGAUGAAGCGCAAAGCCGCGUGGGAAGACGGCCGCGAAGACCGCAAGCGCAAACGCAAGGACAAGCGCCACGACAGACAAGUCGCCCGCCGCGAAGAGCUCGCCGCCGCCGUAGCCGAAGCCGAAGCAAAAGGCAUCGACCCGUCCACCGUCACUAUCCCGCCGCGCCGCAAGGUGCCCCGCGUGCCCCCGACGCAGGUGCCCAUCACCCUGAUCCUCGACUGCGCGUUCGAAAAGUACAUGCUCGAAAAGGAGCAGGUCUCGCUCGCGAGCCAGAUCACCCGGUCCUACUCGGACAACCGCCAGUCGCGGUACCGCGCGCACCUGUACGUCAGCUCGUACGGGGGCCAGCUCAAGGAGCGGUUCGAGGGCACGCUGGGCAGCCAGCACGUGCACUGGAAGGGCGUGAAGCUCGUCGAGGGCGACUUUGUCGCGGCGGCCAAGGACGCGGACGAGCUGAUGAAGGGACCCCGCGGCGGAAAGAUCAUUGACGUGCUGAAUCCCACUGAGGAAGACGGCACGCCCACGAAGAAGCCCGCCGUGUUUAGAGACGUCAUCCACGACUCGCCGAACCCGGAUCCCGAACCCGAACCCGCGGACGAGCUCAAGAACAUUGUCUACCUCUCCUCCGACUCCGUCAACACCCUCGACCGCCUCGAACCCAACACGAGCUACGUCAUUGGCGGUCUCGUAGACAGAAACAGGGAAAAGGGCCUGUGCCACCGCCGCGCGCGCGAGAUGGGCAUCCGGACGGCCAAGUUGCCCAUCGGGGAAUACAUGAACCUGUCGAGCCGGAGGGUCCUUGCAACGAACCACGUUGUGGAGAUUAUGCUCAACUGGCUCGAGACGGGCAGCUGGGCCGAGGCGUUCCUCAAGAUUAUACCCAAGCGCAAGGAGGCGAAGCUGAAGGAGGAGGGCGCUGGCAGUGCCAGUGGUACACCGGCUGCUCAAGGGGACGGCGAAGGCGAGGGCAAUAAUGUUGAGGAUAGCAGGUUCGAGGAAGAGAAUGAUGAGGAUGUAGAUGUGAACCAAACCAUCACGGAGACCGUGGCGGCACCUGUAUCAACAGAGAUGGCUCAGGAGAGUAGCAAGACGGAAGUGAGUACAUCAUAG